AUUUCAUUCAGAGUCUGUUUCCAUUGUACUCAAAGAAAAAAGAAAAAAGAAAAAAGAAAAAAGGAAAAAGAAAAAAGGAAGGAGAAGGGAAAAAAAAGAAAAGAAAAGGAAAACCCAAUCUCCCUUUUUAUUUGUAUCUUCAGAAAUGGAAGAUGAAGAUCAGAAGGAGUUACAGCUUCUUCCGACGCCUCACUCCAUAGCGUCAUCAUCAUCCCACAUGUCGUCCCGCCCAUCGGACUCGUCGUUAAGGUUCCGGUCCGAUGCAUUCGAAGCGGCGGGUCCAGGAUCGGUGGACUUGCAGCUAUCGAUAAGCCUAAGGCCAAUCCGGCCGGCAGCGGAGUGCUUGUUCAAGUACGAGGAGGUGAUGAAGCCGGAGGCGGCGAGCUGCGUGGAGGCGCUGAAGUGGCAGGCGGCGGAGCAAAUUCGGCUGGCGGCGAUGGAAAAAGCGUAUGCGGAAAGAGUGAGAGAACUGACGAAAAGGGAGAUAGAAUUGGCGCAAACGGAGUUUGCAAGGGCUCGGCAGAUGUGGGAAAGGGCAAGAGAGGAAGUUGAAAAAGCGGAAAGAAUGAAAGAAAGAGCCACUAGACAAAUGGAUUCUACGUGCAUGGAGAUCACUUGCCAAUCUUGCAGGCAGAGGUUUCGGCCUUCUUAAUUAUAUCUCUAAUCAUCAUUUACCUCAUUAAUUACGUACCCCUUCCAUUUUCCAAAUCUUCUCUUCUUCACAGCCUACUUAAUUAUUAAGCGUUAUAUCCAGAGUUUCUUUUUUAAUUAAGUCUCUGCUUGCCUCUCUCUUUUCAAAUUAAUAAUCCUUUAAAUUAAGCAAAAUAUAGAGAAUAUAUGGGUUAUUAAUUUGAUCAUCAUCAUCAUCAUCAUCAUCAUCAUCAUCAUCAUCAUCAUCAUCAUCAUCAUCAUCAUCAUCAUCUUCAUCAACAUUCACACAAUAUUCAAAAUUGGAGUUCAAUUUCAAUUUUGUUUUCGAUAUAUUUGAUUUUGCUCUCCUGGUUUUCUUCUUUACUGAAUUAAGUUUGUAUGAUAUUAUAAUAUUUUAAUAAUCAAAUGGACGAUUUGUUUUGUUUA